AGUCCUCAUCUUACUAGACUGGACUUAAACAGACUGUAGCCAGCCAGCCAGCUAUACUGUACUGAUUCUAACAGAAAUGGCGAGUAUGGCGGCGAUCGGAGUUAUGAGGCCGCCGUCUUCAUCCUCGUUGUCUUCUUCUUCUUCGUCGAAUUUGAGCCGGAGAACUGCAUUUAGGAGCCUGUCGUUCAGCUCGUCCUCCAACCUCUCCGGUGGGAAGGUUUGCUCCACGGCGUUUUCCGUUCGCCGGGAUACAGGUCGUAAUGAGAGGACUCCGAUGAUCGUUUCUCCUAAAGCGGUUUCGGAUUCAAGGAACUCUCAAACUUGUCUUGACCCUGACGCCAGCAGAAGUGUUCUUGGAAUUAUUCUUGGAGGAGGAGCUGGGACUCGGCUUUACCCGCUUACUAAGAAAAGGGCAAAGCCUGCUGUUCCUUUAGGAGCUAACUACAGGCUGAUUGAUAUUCCUGUGAGCAAUUGUUUGAAUAGUAAUAUAUCAAAGAUAUAUGUUCUCACACAAUUCAACUCUGCCUCUCUCAACCGCCACCUUUCACGGGCUUAUGCGAGCAACAUGGGUGGCUACAAGAAUGAGGGUUUUGUUGAAGUUCUUGCAGCUCAGCAGAGUCCUGAGAACCCCAAUUGGUUCCAGGGCACAGCAGAUGCUGUCAGACAGUAUUUGUGGUUGUUUGAGGAGCACAAUGUUUUGGAAUUCCUAGUUCUUGCUGGCGACCAUUUGUACCGAAUGGAUUAUGAGAGAUUUAUCCAAGCUCACAGGGAAACUGAUGCAGAUAUCACUGUAGCUGCACUGCCAAUGGACGAAAAACGUGCAACUGCAUUUGGUUUGAUGAAAAUUGAUGAAGAAGGGCGCAUAAUUGAAUUUGCUGAGAAACCCAAAGGAGAACAAUUGAAAGCUAUGAAGGUUGACACUACUAUUUUAGGUCUUGAUGAUGAGAGAGCAAAAGAGAUGCCUUACAUUGCUAGCAUGGGAAUAUAUGUUGUCAGCAAGAAUGUGAUGCUGGAUCUGCUGAGAGAAAAGUUUCCUGGAGCCAAUGAUUUUGGAAGUGAAGUUAUUCCUGGUGCUACUUCUAUUGGGAUGAGAGUACAAGCUUAUUUAUAUGAUGGCUACUGGGAAGAUAUUGGUACAAUUGAGGCAUUUUAUAAUGCAAAUCUUGGGAUAACUAAAAAGCCAGUGCCAGAUUUCAGCUUCUAUGACCGUUCAUCUCCAAUCUACACUCAACCUCGCUAUUUGCCUCCAUCCAAGAUGCUUGAUGCUGAUGUCACGGAUAGUGUUAUUGGUGAGGGUUGUGUUAUAAAGAACUGUAAAAUUCACCACUCUGUGAUUGGUCUUCGGUCUUGCAUAUCAGAAGGUGCGAUCAUAGAAGACACAUUAUUAAUGGGAGCAGAUUAUUAUGAGACUGAUGCUGACAGGAGAUAUUUGGCUGCUAAGGGAAGCGUUCCAAUUGGUAUUGGCAAGAAUUCUCAUAUCAAGAGAGCAAUUAUUGACAAGAAUGCUCGAAUUGGGGACAAUGUGAAGAUCAUUAAUGGUGACAAUGUGCAAGAAGCAGCCAGGGAAACUGAUGGAUACUUCAUAAAGAGUGGGAUUGUCACAGUAAUCAAGGACGCGUUGAUUCCCAGCGGAACUGUGAUCUAGGGAUCCUUAUUGUUUCAACUUUCCAAGCCAAGUGAGGGUUUCUCCUUCUCCUUCUUCUCCUUCUCCAGAUGUUACAAGUCUAUUUCCACUUUGCCUUAGAUCCUUUCAAUGCAUGAUGUAUAUUUUCUGACUGUAGAAUGUAAUUAAAAGCGAAAGAGAGAACCCAAAAAACUCAUGCUAUCAAGGCCCUUAAUAAAAGUUUUUCCUCCAUAAAUGUUUCUGCUUCA